AUGCUCCCACUUCGCGCGCCGCAGGGCGCACGGUGCUGCCAAAAGCAACACGAGCAACGCCCAUUUCUUAAACUCAGUAGCAGAGGUUUCGUCGCCCACACUGCAACUUACACGAGACAAUUGCUUUCGCGCAAGCGCGCCCAGGUCCCCCUGGCGUCCAAGCUGGAAGGCGUCGCAAACCCCGGCGAUAGACUAGGUCCCGAUUAUGAUAAACUUAUCCCAAACUACGACAAGGGUCGGCGGGCUGGCAUCUUGCUUCAUCCCACGUCCUUGCCCGGACCUUACGGCAUCGGCGAGCUGGGUGAUGAAGCCAGACGCUUCGUUGACUGGCUCGCCGACGCGGGGAUGACCUGCUGGCAGCUGCUGCCACUCGUACCGCCGGACCCGAUGUACUAUUCUCCGUACUCUGGUACGGACGCCAGUUGCGGCAACCCGCUCGUGAUCUCCAUUCAGGAGCUUAUCAAGGAAGGCCUGCUCGACGGCUCAGAGGCGCCACCCCAUGUACCCGUUGGUGACGUUGAUUUUCCUUCAGUCGCCGCAGCCAAGACACCAUUGCUGCAGCGCGCAGCACAGCGAUUGCUCCGGGAAGGCCGUUUCGCGGCUCUGCGGGAUCAGUACCUAGCCUUCCGCAGCAGCCAUCCCUGGAUUGAGGACUCGGCCCUGUUCGAUGUGGCUCGCAACCUUCCAGAGCUCAACACCCUGGCGUGGUGGGAGUGGCCGGAGCCGUUGCGGUUGCGCCAGCCGGCUGCCCUUCAGGAGUUCCGGACGCAGCACGCAAACGCCAUUGACGAGUUUAUCGUCAUCCAGUUCUUCUUUGAGCGGCAAUGGAGGGCGGUCCGGUCCUAUGCCAAUAGCCGGGGCAUCAAGAUCAUCGGCGACAUGCCCAUCUACGUGGGGGGCCACUCCGCCGACGUGUGGGCCAAUCGGCACCUGUUCGAGCUCAAUGAGGCGGGCCUACCUGCGGAGGUUAGCGGAGUGCCGCCGGACGCCUUCUCCGCCACCGGUCAGCUGUGGGGUAGUCCGCUGUACCGGUGGCCAGCGCACCGGGACGAGGGCUACAAGUGGUGGACUGCUCGCAUGGCGCGUACUCUGGAGCUGUACGACGAAUGCCGUAUCGACCAUUUCCGGGGCUUUGCGGGCUAUUGGAGUGUGGACGCCAAGGAGACCACCGCCAUGAACGGCGUGUGGCGCCAGGGCCCGGGUCUGGAGCUGUUCACGGCUAUGAAGGCGGCGCUGGGGUCGGUGCCCAUCCUUGCCGAGGACCUGGGGGUCAUCACACGAGAUGUGGUGGAGCUCAGGGAGGCGAUCGGUGCACCGGGAAUGGUGGUGCUCCAGUUCGCGUGGGGCGGCGGCCCCGGCAACGUGCACUUGCCACACAACCACUACGAGAACUGCUUCGUAUACCCGGGUACACACGACAAUGAGACGGCGGUGGGCUGGUUUCGGGGUAGUGCUAACGAGACCGACAAAUCGUACAUUCGGUCGUACUUGCGGACCGACGGCGGCGACAUUGCGUGGGACUUCAUUCGGGCGUGCAUGGCGGCCGUCCCGCGGACGUGUGUGAUUAUGCUGCAGGAUGUCAUGCGAUUGGACAAUAGCGCGCGGAUGAACACGCCGGGCACUGCCGCCGGCAACUGGCGCUGGCGCGUGGGUGACAGCGGCGUGUGGGAGGGACUCCGAGGUGCUGCCGUGGACCUCCGGCGACUGGCCCAUGACACGAACCGCCUGCCGGACAACAGAAAGUGA